GCGAAGUCUUUCCUGGAGCAAGGCCGGCAGGAUGGCGGCGGACAUGCAGGUUUCUGAUACUCUGAAGAAGUUUGCAUUGAAAGUGACCACAGCUAGUGUGAAGGAACGGAGAGAGAUACUCCAUGAACUCAAGGACUGUGUGACAGGGAAAGAGCUGCCGGAGCCCGCAGUGAGGGGACUCUGUAAACUCUUCUGCCUGACUCUGCAUCGAUACAGAGACUCUGCCUCGAGGAGAGCCCUGCACUCUGCUCUCCAGCAGCUAGCUGAGUCUCAGCCCGAAGCCACAGCCAAGAACCUGGUGCAGUGCCUGCAGACUGCCGGGAUCAUCUGCAACAAUGGCAACCCCAGCAAGGGCACCAGUUCAGCUGCCUCCCUGGCCCUGUCCUGGACCGUCCUGCUCGUGCAGACUGUCUUCCCGUCUCCCGACAAAAGAGAGGGAGCCACCUGGAAGAAACUGGUGGAAGUCCAGAGCUUGCUGCUGUCUGAUGUUUUGGGCGGCACCAACAAACACAAUCUGGAAGGAAUUAUGAAGAAGCUCCGGCAGAUUUGGAAGGAGAACCCAGGCCUUGCCGAUCAGUACCUGUCUGUUAUCCUCAGUCUGGAGCACAGCCACACCCACCUGGGCAUGCUGGGAGUGCUGGUGGAUUUCUGCACCGCACAGAAGGACAUCGCUACUGUCAACAAACACAAGAGUGCCCUAUUGGAGCUGUACAUGAAGACUGUGCUGAUGAGCAAAACCAAACCUCCGAGACAUGUACUAGAUAAGUGCACCCCACUGCUCCGCCACGCCACCCACCAGGAGUUCAAGGACUUGCUGCUGCCCACACUGCUGAAGUCGUUGCUGCGCAGCCCUGAGAACAUCACCGAGACCAUUUCCAGCUUGCUGUCCUCGGUGACACUGGACAUGAGCCAGUAUGCUAUGGACAUCGGCAAAGGACUGGCAAGCCAGCUCAAAGCGAACAAUCCCCAGGUGAUGGACGAGGCUGUGCUGGCUCUGCAGAACCUGGCGCUCCAGUGCAGCGACCCCUCUGCUGUGGAGUCUCUCAGCAAGCACCUGUUCGCGAUCCUGGGAGGAUCGGAGGGUAAACUGAAUGUUGUUGCCCAAAAGAUGAGCGUACUUUCAGGGAUCGGCAGUCUGAGCCAGCAUUCUGUAUCGGGCUCCUCCAGCCAGGCUCUGAGCAGCACAGUGGCUGAGCUCUUCAUCCCGUUCCUACAGCAGGAGGUUCACGAGGGCACGCUGGUGCACGCCGUGUCGGUGCUCACUCUCUGGAGCAGUAAGUUCACUACAGAGGUUCCCACGAAGCUGGUGGAGUGGCUGAAAAAGGCUUUCACCCUGAAGACCUCCACCUCUGCAGUGCGGCACGCCUACCUGCAGUGCCUGCUGGCCUGCUUCAGAGGGGACACACUGCUGCAGGGUGCUGAGCUGCUCCCACUGCUGAUCCACACUGUAGAGAAGGCGUCCCAGACCACUCAGAUUCCCGUCAUCACCGAGGGAGUGGCUGCUGCAGUGCUGCUCUGCAGGAUGAGUGCGGUGGAUUCCCAGUUCGAGGCGAAGUUGUCUGGGUUUUGGCAACUGGUUCUGGAUGAGAAGAAACAGAUUUUUACUGCAGAGAAGUUCCUUUCACUGGCUUCAGAAGAAGCGUUGUGCACAGUGCUGCAGCUGGCAGAGAGAUUGCUGCUGGACCAUCCUCACAGGCUCCCUGAUCACAAAGCACAGAUGUAUCACCGAGCCCUGGUGCUGGUUCUGCUCACUCGGACCUGGCGUGUCCGGAAGCAGGCUCAGCACACUGUGAGGAAGCUGCUGACUGCUCUGGGGGGGGUCAGACUGGCCUAUGGCAUGCUGGGGGAGCUGCAAGCUGUCCUCGACUCCCACAAGGUGCUGCCCCUGGACGCCCUGGUCACCGAGUCGGGGGAGCUGUCGGAGUUGGGGAGGAGCUACACCCCCCCACGGAUCCUGCUGGAAGCCCUGUGUGUGAUCACCAGUGUGCCCGGGCUGGAAGCAGACCCCGGAGAGGCAGAGAAGCUGGCCCAGGAGAGCCUGAUCGUGGCUCACCACCCCUCCAUAGUGGUGGCUCAGAAAGACUUGUGGCCAGCCAUCCUGUCUCGAAUGAAGAUCAAUGUGACAGCCUUCAUUGACAAGCACAUGGAGACCCUGCUGCCCCAGGUCACAGACACAGCCAGCAUGAGCCAGGCCAGCAUGAAUGCAGUGGGCUGCCUCUCCUCCCUCUCCUGUGCCAAGGUGCUGCCCCGGCUCUUCAGCAUCAUCACGGCUGUGCUGGAGAAGCAGGGGCUGAGGCAGGUGACACGUGAGGAGUACGCCAUCAUGCACACUGUGGAGGGGGAGCUGUACGACAAGUCCUUCAUCCCCAGGUCAGGACACACCACUUUCGAGAAGUGUUUGUGA